AUGGCGAGUGAUCAAGAUUCUCCCAAACUCAAAGUAGCAGUAAUUGGAGCCGGCAUAGCGGGACUUGGUGCAGCUAUUGAAUUUCAGAGACUGCCAUUUGCCGAUCUUCAAUUGUACGAGCAAGCUCGCGAGCUAUGUGAGGCCUUGACCUGGAUAGAUACACCCCAGCGCCAUAGACACGCCCGAGCAUUACGCUCGGUCUUGCAGCAGUAUCUUCUUAAAGCGGUUGACCAAUUGAAAAUGAGACUAUCAAGUCGACUUACCAAGAUGGUUGAAUUGGCCAACGGGAAACUGUCGUUCUGCUUCGAAGACGGCUACACAGACAACGUUGAUCUGGCUGUGGGUGCCGAUGGGGUUCGAUCAGUCGUCCUCCAUUUUGCAUUCCCUGACCAUAAGAUCAGCUACACUGGAACAGCAGCGUACCGGGGCCUAAUCAAUACACAGGAAAUCCUGAAUAUCCAAACUUUCUAG